AUGACGCUCCUGGGGUCUGAGCACUCCUUGCUGAUCCGGAGCAAGUUCAGAUCAGUUUUACAGCUUCGGCUCCAGCAGAGAAGGACCCGUGAGCAGCUGGCAGACCAAGGCAUCAUGCCCCCACUGAAAAGCCAACCCACAUUCCAUGAGCAAAGAAAAAGCCUGGAGCGAGCCAAGACUGAAGAUUAUCUCAAGCACAAGGUCAGGAGCAGGCCUGAGCGAGCAGACCUGGUCAAUAUGCACAUUUUACAAGACUCAGCUGCAGAGGGGUCCAUUCAGUCUACCCAGAUGAAGCUGAAAAGAGCCCGACUGGCAGAUGAUCUCAAUGAGAAGAUUGCUCUCAGGCCAGGUCCUCUGGAGCUGGUGGAGAAGAAUAUUAUUCCUGUGGACUCAGCUGUGAAAGAGGCCAUAAAAGGUACAUGGGACCAUCCCCACGGUGCUGAUGGCCACGCAGCAGAGCCAGCCUCGGGACAGGGCAGCAGGUGUGACAGCCCCAAGCAGGCAGCAGGGCAGGAGAGCCCACCCCUCCCAGUGCCCUCUGCCGUGAAGUCCAAAUCAUCCAGCGACAGCAAGAACCGUCACAAAAAGCCAAAGGACACCAAGCCCAAGGUGAAGAAGCUGAAGUACCACCAGUACAUCCCCCCAGACCAGAAGGCAGAGAAGUCCCCUCCUCCCAUGGACUCAGCAUAUGCCAGACUCCUCCAGCAGCAGCAGCUCUUCCUGCAGCUCCAGAUCCUCAGCCAGCAGCAACAGCAGCAGCAGCAGCAGCAGCAGCACUUCAGCUACCCAGGGAUGCACCAAGGCCAGCUGAAGCAAUCAAAUGAGCAAAUGGUCAAAAGUUCAAAUUCUUCAUCAACUUCUGUCAACAACACCCCUCUCUCUCCUGUGAAAACCACCUUUUCAGGCCAGACUUGUGUCUCAUCUAUCAAGCCAGGCCCUCUACCAUCUAACCUGGAUGAUCUGAAAGUGUCAGAGCUGAGGCAGCAGCUCCGGAUACGAGGCCUGCCCGUGUCGGGCACCAAGACGGCGCUGAUGGAGCGGCUGCGGCCCUUCCAGGAGUGCGGCGGCGCCGUGCCCGGCUUCAGCGAGAUCACCACCGUCACCUUCCCCGUCACUCCCACCAGCACCCUGCCCAGCUACCAGCCACAGUCCUCCACCAGCAUGUUGUCAAACGGCUUCUACCACUUUGGCAGCACCAGCUCCACCCCACCCAUCUCUCCAGCCUCCUCCGACCUCUCUGUGAGCGGCUCCUUGCCGGACACGUUCAACGACGGACCCAUGUCUUCCCCGCAGUUUGGCCUCCAGCCAUCGCCGGUUCAUGGCAGUGCUGAGGAAAGCCUGAUGAGCAGCAUGAACGGAGGGAGUAUCCAGCUCGAGCUGGAAGGGAUUGACACAGAGAAAGACAAGAUGCUGGUGGAGAAGCAGAAGGUCAUCAAUGAGUUGACGUGGAAGCUGCAACAAGAGCAGAGGCAGGUGGAGGAGCUGAGGAUGCAGCUGCAGAAGCGAAAGAGAAGCAACGGCCUUGAGGAGAAGCAGCAGCCACCUCAGCAUUUUUUUGGUGUCCCCAUCAAGCAAGAAAACGCCGUGUCCAGCUGCCCCUUUGCAUCCAAACAAACUGCCUCGAAAGGCCAGUCCAGCAGCUCGGAGAAGCUGAGUAACUGUGGGGUCCCGCAGCUGCCGCAUGUUGUAAAUAGCCACUGCCUGGAGCCUGCAGGGCAGGGCACCAUCACCUCCUCCACAUUCCUGAGCCCGCAGUGCUCCCCCCAGCACUCUCCACUCGGGGCUGCCAAGAGCCCCCAGCACAUCAGCCUGCCACCCUCCCCCAACAGCCACUACCUGCUCCCCGUGUCCCCCGGCGCCCCAGCCGAUGGGCGCAGCGGGUCCCCGCAGAGCAGCAGCUGCCUGCGUGCCUCGCAGCUGACACGGAGUCAGCAGAUGGACGAGCUCCUGGAUGUGCUGAUUGAGAGUGGAGAAAUGCCGGCCAAUGCCAAGGAAGACCGGUCCUGCCUCCAGAAAGUACCUCAGAUAACUGUGUCCACGGGGAACUCCAGCGCUGCGCACCCGAAGCCGCCAGCCAGCACCUUCGAGCAGGUCCCCCCGGCCCAGCUCUCCUUCGAGCACUGCCCAGGCAGCAGUGAUGCUCACCUCGAGGUCCUGCUGAGCAACCACAGCCCCCUGGGCAGGGUCAGCGAAAUCGCCCUGCUGAAGAUGGGGGGAGAAGAGCCCCACUUCGAAGGGAUGAUGGAGGGGUUCUCUGGCAAAGCCGCAGACGAACUGCUCACCUCCCAGGAGAUGUUACAGACUCCCCUCUCACCCAUGGAGACCCAGCUCUCCCCUUCCCCUGCCGAGGGCUCGGGUUUACAAAUGAGCUUCACUGAGUCUCCGUGGGAAACGAUGGAGUGGCUGGACCUCACCCCCCCCAGCUCUGCCACUGGCUUUGGCUCCCUCACCCCCACGGGGCCCAGCAUCUUCAACAUUGAUUUCUUAGAUGUUACUGAUCUCAAUCUAAACACCAGCAUGGACCUGCACCUGCAGCAGUGGUGAAAGGGGAGGUGCUGGAGGCAGGGCACUGAGCCUGCAGCAGCCAGCGCAGGGUUCCUGUCAGCUGGGGGACACAAAGGGCUAAC